UUACAAUUCAAAGAACAAAAGCCAAAAAGAAGCACACCUGCACUCAGUGUGGAAAGAGUUUCUCAAAGAAAGGAGACCUUAACAGACACAUGAGAAUUCACACUGGAGAGAAACCGUAUACAUGCACUCAGUGUGGAAAGAGUUUUACUCAAUCAUCAGGUCUCAGUUAUCAUCUGCUCAUUCACUCUGGAGAAAAGCCAUUUAACUGUGAUCAGUGUGGUAAAGAUUUUAGUUCAUCAUCAAAUCUAAAAAAACACCUGACAGUUCAUUCAGAUGAGAAGCCUUAUGUGUGUUCUCUCUGUGGAAAGAGUUUUUCAAGGAUUAACAGUUUUAAACAGCACCAGAAAACACACAAUGAAGUGAGAGAGUAUUUGUGCUUUGACUGUGGGAAGAGUUUUACUAGAUCUGAGAAUCUGAAACGGCACCAAAUAAUUCAUACUGGAGAAAAACCUUACAAGUGCUCAUACUGUGACAAGAGUUUCACUCAGCCUGGACACCUGAAAUCACACGAGCGAGUUCACACUGGAGAGAAGCCGUACGCCUGUACUCAAUGUGGGAAGAGUUUCACAGAGAAGGGACACCUUAACAAACACAUGAGAAUUCACACUGGAGAGAAACCGUAUACAUGCACUCAGUGUGGAAAGAGUUUCAAAGAUGCAUCAGGUCUCAGUGGUCAUCUGCACAUUCACUCUGGAGAAAAGCCAUUUAACUGUGAUCAGUGUGGUAAAGAUUUUAGUUCAUCAUCAAAUCUAAAAUCACACAUUAAAGUUCAUUCAGAUGAGAAGCCUUAUGUGUGUUCUCUCUGUGGAAAGAGUUUUUCACGUCUGGGCGAUUUUAAACUGCACCAGAAAACACACAAUGAAGUGAGAGAUUAUAUGUGCUUUGACUGUGGGAAGAGCUUUAGUAGAGCUGUUGAUCUGAAACGGCACCAAAGAAUUCAUACUGGAGAAAAACCUUACAAGUGCUCAUAUUGUGACAAGAGAUUCAGUCGGUCUGGAUCCCUGAAAUCACACGAGCGAGUUCACACUGGAGAGAAGCCGUAGGACUGUACUCAGUGUGGGAAGAGUUUCAAACAAUCAACUCAUCUAGUGACUCAUAUUAGAAAGCAUUGUUCUGUG